ACCGAGUUUUUUGAAUUAUCUAAUCCCACAUGCUUAGCUUUACACUCAGAGGGAGUCCUCGUUCCCUCGUAAGAGUAUUUGACAUUUCUCUCUUACCCGCUCGACAUUUAGAAAGGAAGUAACAAGAAUUAAGGACCAGAUGUGUUCAAUGUAUUCUGUUGCAGUUAAGCCUUGCAUCAGGGUGAGCAAUGGCAAAUGCCCCUCUCGAAAAUCAAUUAUUGCAAGAGCUGAAGUCACUGUGGCUCCCCAGCACAGUACCACACGCAUUUUCCCUUUGUUGUCAAAGGAUGGCAUUCCUCUUGCUGAUUUACAUGUACAGGAAAUUAUAGAAAGGCAGUCUCAGCAUAAUAUCUUAGCCAGGGAAGAUCCUUGUAAAAAGCCACGCUUCCACCCUACGUUUCUUGAAGAAGCAUAUGAAAAGUGCAGAAACAUUUGUGCAGAAUAUGCCAAGACCUUCUAUCUAGGAACUUUGCUAAUGACCGAGGAACGACAGAAAGCCAUAUGGGCAAUAUAUGUCUGGUGCAGGAGAACAGAUGAAUUGGUCGAUGGCCCUAAUGCUGGUUAUCUAAGCUCUGCUGCCCUUGAUAGGUGGGAAGAGAGACUGCAAGAAAUUUUCGAUGGACGCCCUUAUGAUAUUCUCGAUGCUGCAUUAACUGAUACAGUUUUCAAGUUCCCUCUGGACAUCAAGCCAUUCAGGGACAUGAUUGAAGGAAUGAGAAUGGAUACAAGGAAAAGUUGCUAUGAGAACUUUCAAGAACUCUACCUUUACUGCUACUAUGUAGCUGGAACUGUGGGCCUAAUGAGUGUUCCAGUGAUGGGAAUUGCACCGGAAUCCCUGGUUUCUGCUCAAAGUAUAUAUAAUGCAGCACUCUACUUGGGUAUCGGAAAUCAACUGACCAACAUUCUCAGAGAUGUGGGAGAGGAUGCGUUAAGGGGGAGAGUAUAUCUUCCCCAAGAUGAGCUUGGACAGUUCGGGCUAUGUGCCAAUGAUGUUUUAUCAAUGAAGGUCACUGAUAGAUGGAGAGAGUUCAUGAAAGAGCAGAUUACAAGAGCAAGGUUCUACUUCAACCUUGCUGAGGAGGGAGCUUCUCAGCUCGACAAGGCUAGCCGCUGGCCAGUAUGGUCAUCCUUGCUAUUGUAUCGAAUGAUCUUGGAUGCAAUUGAGAAUAACGAUUACGAUAAUUUGACAAAGAGAGCCUACGUAGGAAGGAGCAAGAAACUUCUCAUGUUGCCUCUGGCAUAUACUAGAUCUCUAUCGACUCGCAAGGUUUUUUUAUAAAGGGCAGUGAAAUAUAUAAUGCUGGUGUAUCUCAUUAAAAGUAGGUAAAUGUACUUUAUAAUGUUAUAGAAGAAACAAAAACUCUAGGUAAUCACUUUUGCGUACUUAUGCAUUCUACAAAUGUGAUUGGCUGUAUCACUUUUUUUUAAUAUAAAAUAAAUGCCGAGUUCCGCCA